AGCCUCGGCAGCGAGAUGGAGUUGGAGCACUUCGACGACCGGGACAAAGGUCAGAGGCACGGCCGCUCCAGCGCUCGGAUGAACGGGGUGGUGAGCCCGACGCACAGCGCCCACUGCAGCCUGUACCGGACCCGCACCCUGAAGACCCUCAGCGCGGAGAAGAGGGCCAUGAAGGUCCGCUUCUACCGCAACGGGGACCGCUACUUCAACGGGAUCGUGUACGCCAUCUCCGUGGACAGGUUCCGGACCUUCGACGCACUGCUGGCAGACCUGACCCGCGCGCUGUCCGACAAUGUCAACCUGCCCCAGGGGGUCCGGACCAUCUACACCCUGGAUGGCUCCAAGAAGAUCGCCUGUGUGGAUCAACUUGUGGAAGGUGACAGUUACGUCUGCAGCUCCAUCGAAGCUUUCAAAAAGUUGGAUUACACAAAGAACGUCAACCCCAACUGGUCGGUGAACGUGAAGGCGGCGGCGGCGACCUCCCGCGGCCCCCCAUCCCUGGGCAGCGCCAAGGCCAGCGGACCGGAGAACCGCGAAAACAAGGAGUUCAUCCGUCCCAAGCUGGUGACAGUGGUGCGGAGCGGAGUGAAGCCACGCAAAGCUGUGAGGAUCCUGCUGAACAAGAAAACCGCCCAUUCCUACGAGCAGGUCCUCACCGACAUCACCGACGCCAUCAAGCUGGACUCCGGAAUCGUGAAGAAGAUCUACACACUGGAGGGGAAGCUGGUGUCAUGUUUGCAGGACUUCUUCGGGGACGAAGACAUUUUUGUUGCGUGUGGACCGGAGAAGUACCGCUACCAGGAUGACCUGAUGCUGGACGAAGGCGAGUGUCGUGUGAUGAAGUCGGUGAACUACGGGAAGAUGACCGGCUCUCUGACCAGAAGCUCCCCCAGGACCGUCGUCCAAGCCCGACGCAGCAAGUCUCCUGCUUCCUUGACUUCCGUGAACGGGACGCCGGCCAGUCAGAUCUCCACUCCUCACUCGGGAAAGUCUCCCAGCCCCUCUCCGACCAGCCCGGGCAGCCUCAGCCAACGCCGGGGGUCCCAGGGUUCUUCCAGCUCUCUGUCUUCCGCCCAAGUCUCCAGCUCCGUGGAAGAUGGGGAUGGACCAGCCGAGGUUCUGGUGGAUGAGGUGCCAGCUGUGCCAUCCUACAUAUCAGACCGUUACAAGGUGGGACGCAUGCUCGGCGACGGGAACUUUGCGGUGGUCCGAGAGUGCGUGGAGCACACCACGGGACGGGAGUACGCCCUGAAGAUCAUCAACAAGAGCAAAUGCAGAGGAAAGGAGCACAUGAUCCAGAACGAGGUGGCGAUCCUCCGCAGAGUCAAACAUCCAAAUAUCGUGCUGCUGAUAGAGGAGGUGGACACGUACAACGAACUCUACCUGGUCAUGGAGCUGGUCAAGGGGGGGGAUCUGUUCGACGCCAUCACCUCUGCCAACAGAUACACGGAGCGAGACGCCAGUGGCAUGCUCUACAACCUGGCCAGUGCCAUCAAAUACCUCCACAGCCUCAACAUUGUGCACAGAGACAUCAAACCAGAGAACCUGCUGGUGUAUGAGCAUGCAGACGGCAGCAAGAGCCUGAAGCUGGGGGACUUUGGUUUGGCGACCGUGUUGGACGGACCCCUCUACACCGUCUGCGGGACCCCGACAUAUGUAGCACCCGAAAUCAUCGCAGAAACAGGUUAUGGCCUUAAGGUGGACAUCUGGGCAGCUGGAGUCAUCACCUACAUCCUACUGUGUGGUUUCCCCCCCUUUAGAGGAAGCAGUGAGGAUCAGGAAGUGCUUUUUGAUCAGAUACUAAUGGGACAGCUUGAAUUUCCUCUCCCGUACUGGGACCAUGUGUCGGAGACAGCCAAGGAGCUGAUCCGAUCCAUGCUGGAGGUGGAGGUGGACCAGAGAUGCUCUUCCCUCCAGGUGCUCGAGCACCCCUGGGUCACCGACGAAGGUCUAUGUGAGAAUGAUCGCCAGCUGUCAGUAGCAGGGAAGAUAAAGAAGCACUUCAACACCAGCCCGAAGGUCAACGACACCACUGCAGGAGUGUCAGUCAUUUCUCUGGAUGACAGCUUUUCUAUGCAGAGAUCUGGGUCGUUGGAUUUCUACCAGCACCCGGCCAUGUACUGGAUAAGGCCACCGCUCUUGAUAAGGAGGGGCAGGUUCUCAGACGAGGACGCCACCCGGAUGUGAAGCCGCCG